CUGCAGUCCAGCAGACGGGGAUGUGGUGAUCGAGCCUGCAGAGGAACAACUCGCACUUUAACUACUUACCAAGCCCGGCAACACACUUAAAGCGACCUGUUGGCUCUGAUUAACCACCCAGAGGAGUAACAGCGGAGUAACCUUUAACCAGCGGAGCAGACAUGAGACUGGAGCUGUGAGAACUCCCAGGACCCAGGAUGAACAGGAAGAAGGAUAAAGGCUUCGAGAGCCCGCGACCCUUUAAGCUGACCCACCAGGCGGUUUGUAUCAACAACAUCAACUUCCAGAGGAAAUCUGUCAUUGGCUACGUUGAGCUGACCAUCUUCCCCACCGUGGUGAACCUGAACAGGAUCAAACUCAACAGCAAACAGUGCCGCAUCUACAGAGUCCGAGUAAAUGAACUGGAAGCCCCGUUCAUUUACAAUGACCCCACGCUGGAGGUUUGCCACAACGAGUCCAAGCAGAGGAACCUCAACUAUUUCUCCAGCGCCUACACGGCAGCGGUCAGCGCUGUGGACCCCGACGCUGGGAACGGGGAGCUCGUCAUCAAAGUCCCCUCUGAACUCUGGAAGCAGGGAGACGAUCUGAAAGUGCUGAAGGUCUACAUUGAAUUUUCUCUGGACCAGCCCAAAGGGGGUCUCCACUUCGUUGCUCCUGAUGUGGAGGGCAGCCUGGCCGAGAGAGGCGCUCACGUAUUCUCCUUCGGGUACCAGAACUCCACAAGGUUCUGGUUCCCCUGCGUGGACUCGUACUCAGAACUGUGUACGUGGAAGCUGGAGUUCACCGUGGACGCGUCCAUGGUGGCGGUGUCCUGCGGCGACCUGGUGGAAACCAUUUACACCCACGACAUGAGGAAAAAGACCUUCCAUUACGUGCUUCCCAUCCCCACUGCAGCUCCCAACAUCUCCCUGGCCGUGGGGCCCUUCGAGAUCCUCGUAGACCCCUACAUGCACGAGGUGACUCAUUUCUGCCUGCCGCAGCUGCUGCCUCUCCUCAAACACUCCAUGUCCUACCUGCACGAGAUCUUUGAGUUCUACGAGGAGAUCCUGACGUGCCGCUAUCCUUACUCCUGUUUCAAGACCGUGUUUGUGGACGAGGCGUACGUUCAAGUGUCGUCCUACGCCUCUAUGAGCAUCUUCAGCACCAACCUGCUCCACAGCCCGACCGUCAUAGACCAGACGCCCCAGACCCGGCGCUGCCUGGCCCAGGCCUUGGCUCAGCAGUUCUUCGGCUGCUUCAUCUCCAGGAUGUCAUGGGCUGAUGAGUGGGUCCUGAAGGGAAUCUCUGGUUACAUCUACGGCCUCUACCUGAAGAAAACCUUUGGAGUGAACGAGUACCGGCACUGGUUCAGAGAGGAGAUGGACAGGAUUGUGGAGUAUGAGCUGAAGAUGGGAGGGGUUCUCCUGCACCCGGCGUUCAGCGGGUGCAAAGAGAAGGACAGUCCGACCCCCCACCUCCACUUCUCCAUCAAGCACCCCCACACCUUGUCCUGGGAGUACUACAAGAUGUUCCAGUGCAAAGCUCACCUGGUGAUGAGGCUGAUAGAGAACAGGAUCAGCAUGGAGUUCAUGUUGCAGGUUUUCAACAAGCUCCUGAGCCUGGCCAGCACGGCGUCUUCUCAGAAGUACCAGAGCCACAUGUGGAGCCAGAUGCUGCUGUCCACCUACGGCUUCCUCAAGUCCAUCUCCAACGUGUCGGGCAAAGACAUCGGCCCCCUCAUCAAGCAGUGGGUAGACCAGAGCGGUGUGGUGAAAUUCUACGGCAGUUUUGCUUUCAACAGGAAGAGGAACGUGCUGGAGCUGGAGAUCCGUCAGGACUAUACGUCAUCUGGAACUCAGAAAUAUGUGGGUCCUAUCAAGGUGACUGUGCAAGAACUGGACGGGUCCUUCAACCACACCCUGCAGAUAGAAGAGAACAGCCUCAAGCACGACAUCCCCUGCCACUCCAAGAGCAGAAGAAAUAAGAAAAAGAAGAUACCUCUGAUGAAUGGAGAGGAAGUCGACAUGGAUUUAUCUGCAAUGGAUGCAGACUCUCCUCUCCUCUGGAUCCGAAUCGAUCCAGACAUGUCCAUUCUGAGGAAGGUGGAGUUUGAGCAGGCCGACUUCAUGUGGCAGUAUCAGCUGCGUUUUGAGAGGGACGUGGUUGCACAGGAAGAGGCCAUUGCUGCACUGGAGAAGUUUCCCACUCCGGCCUCCAGACUGGCUCUGACUGACAUCCUGGAGCAGGAGCAGUGUUUCUACAAGGUCCGCAUGCAGGCCUGCUUCUGCCUGGCCAAGAUAGCGAAUGCCAUGGUGAGUACCUGGCAGGGCCCGCCGGCCAUGAAGUCCCUGUUCACCAGAAUGUUCUGCUGCAAGAGCUGCCCCAACAUCGUCAAGACCAACAACUUCAUCAACUUCCAGAGCUACUUCCUGCAGAAGACAAUGCCGGUUGCCAUGGCGUUACUCCGGGAUGUGCAGAACCUCUGUCCCAAAGAUGUUCUCAACUUUAUACUUGACCUCAUCAAGUAUAAUGACAACAGGAAAAACAAAUUCUCAGAUAACUACUACCGUGCAGAGCUGAUCGAAGCACUGACCAACUCUCUGACUCCAGCCAUCAGCAUCAGCAACGAAGUGCGGACCGUGGACAAUUUAAACGUUGAUGUCCGUCUCAUCCUGGAGGAGCUCACGCGCUUCCUGAACAUGGAGAAACUGCUGCCCAGCUUCAGGAACACCAUCACUGUUAGCUGCCUGAAGGGUAUCCGUCAGCUCCAGAAGAACGGCCAUAUUCCCAGUGACCCUUCGCUCUUCCGCUCUUAUGCCGAGUACGGACACUUUGUAGACGUUCGUGUUGCUGCGCUGGAGGCUCUGGUGGACUACACUAGAGUUGAAAGAAGCUCAGCAGAGCUGCAGUGGCUUCUCAAGAUGGUGGAGAACGACCCAUCUCACUACGUCAGACAUAAGAUCUUGGGUAUUCUCUGCAAGAAUCCUCCGUUCACUAAGACGGCGGACUCGUCUCUGUGCAACGAGGCUUUGGUUGAUCAGCUCUGGAAACUUAUGAACUCAGGUACCUGCCAUGACUGGCGACUGCGCUGCAAUGCUGUAAAUCUCUACUACACAUUAUUUGGCCUCACUCGGCCCUCGUGCCUCCCACUGCCGGAGUUGGGCUUGGUGCUCAACCUGAAGGAGAAAAAAGCUGUCCUAAACCCCACCAUCAAGCCUGAGCUUGGAAUCGGUGCCAUCAUGGACUCCCCUGCCAGUAUCGGCAUCCACGGUGUGGGCAUGAGCUUCACCACUGUGGACGAGGAACCAGACCCCAUCUCCCUGGGGGUGUGUGGGGUCGGCCAGCCGCCCCUGGGCCUGAAGAGGAAGGCCGACACCCCACUGGGCUCUCCUCCGGAGCCGGGACAGGUGCUGCAGCCGCAGCACCUGGAGGAUGAAGGAAGAGGAGGGGCGCGUUUCAAGAUCAGAUUCAACACUAUGGAAGAAGAAGAUAUUGAUAUGGAGACGGUUCAUGACAGCCAGGCCUUCAUUCACCACCAACUCAAUCUGCUGGAGAGGCCGUCCACACCAGGUAAAGAGCCUCCUCUAGUGGAGCAGGCCCUGCUGUCCCUGCCGGCCACGCCGGCCCCCUCCUUCACUCUCUCCAAGGAGACCACGUCCUCGUCCUCCAAGCACGGGGGGGACCACGGCCACCACCACCACCACCACCACCACGAGCACAAGAAGAAGAAGAAGAAGCACAAGCACAAACACAAGCACAAGCACAAGCACGACAGCAAGGACAAAGAGAAGGACCGGGACCGGGACAACUCCCACGCCUACAGCAACAGCCCGGCCAGCGGCCGGUCCCUGCGCUCGCCCUCCCUGUCCGACUGAUCCCUGGAGCCCCUAGAAUGGAAUAACGUCCUGAAAAUGUAAUAACACCUGAAAAUGUCAUAACAUUUGCACUUAACUCAAUCAAAAAUUUAAUAAAAUCCAAUAAUGUAAUAAAAUAU